AUGAAAACCUUGAAAUUAUCCCCACAAUUAUCCAAAGAUUAUAUUUCAUUUUAUGAGAAAGAAAAGACGAGUGCGGAUGUCAUAUUUCGCGUAGGAAAAGAAGAGAAUGUUAAAGAAUUUCACGCACAUUCAUUCGUCCUUUUUGUUCGCUCCCAAUACUUUCGUAAAGAGAUUGAAGGACUGAGAGAUAAAAUGAAGGAUGAAGCAGGUGAGAAGGUGAUGAUCAUCGAAAAACCUGAGGUUAACCCAUCAUUAUUUGAAUUAAUCCUGAAAUAUUAUUACGGGGGGAACCUUUCGUUUGAUGAGAAUAAUUUCAAAGAAAUUUUUGAUUUGCUAUUAAUUUCAAAGGAAUUUGAAAUUACCGAAUUAUUAGAAUUAUUAGAGAAUGAAUUAUUAAAAUCACCGAAUCAAAUUCAUCAAAAUUUUAGUACCACCCUAAAAUUAUCCUUGGAAUCGUUUAAGAAACUUUAUGAAUUCUGUUUGAUAACGAUUCAAGAACGACCAGAGAUAAUUUUUAAAUCCAUGGACUUUCACUUAUUAAAUGAGGAUACGUUACUCACCCUUUUGCAACAUAAAGGGUUAACUAUUAAAGAGGUUGAGAAAUGGGAAUCCAUCAUCAAAUGGGGGAUUCAUCAUAGUUUCACGACACCUAUUGAUUAUAACACGAGAAUUCCGGAUGUCACGUUGUGGACCAAGGUUAAGUUUAGAGAUUUGUCGAACACUCUUCAAAAGAUCAUUCCAUUGAUCGAUUUUUAUAAGAUUGGACCGGAAAAUUUUUAUGAGGAAGUUAAACCAUUUAAAAAAAUUAUUGAUAAAUCACUUUAUGAUGAGAUACUUAAAUAUUAUAUAGUGUCUUCCAAAAAAUCCAAUGCAAACAAUCCUGCAACGACACCAGAACCCGAACAACCCUCCAACGCUAUACCAAAAGUACACAUAAGGUUAGAUUCGGUAUUAAUUGAAUUGGAUUGCUUUCAAUUACUUAUCAAUUGGAUAAACGAGACGACACCUGGCAACACUUUAAAUCGUUUUAGAUUAUCCUUAUUAUUAAAAGGAAGUGCGAAUGCAAAGGAAAGUUUUGUAUUUAAAUUAGAUAGUAAAGAUAUUCGUAAAUCGAUCGUUGGUAGACCCGUCGCAGAUGCCGUUUAUACGAUUGAAAAUCAUCCUAAUAAUGGUCCUUGCUUUUACGGUGCUUUGUAUAUUAAAGGAGGGAAUCAUGGGGAUUUUAGAAGGGACGUGCAAUGUUAUUGUGAUGGUACGAAUUAUGGGGUUCACCUUAGAAAGACACCCAAUAAAUUUAGUGUAGAUGAUUAUGAAGUUUAUCAAGUAAUCAAAGAAUGA